AUGGAUCAAAAGAACAGCGACAAGCCUACUCCCGCCAAGAAACCAGACCAGAACUCCUCAGUUCCUGGUUUACUGCCCAAGAACGUAGAAGAAUGUCUUGGGAAAUUUCUGGCAGUUGUGGAUGCAGAGAAUUCUACCGAUGAAGACAAGAAGCGUGCCGGGGAUGCAUUUGUAUGCAGCGUCGAAGCCUGGGGGGACGAUCUGCGUUUAGAACGACGUGCCCAUGCAGCAAUGGACCACAUGCUGAAAAUGCUGGAAGGAAUGACAAAGAAACGCCAUGAAUAG